UACAUAUACACAUACAGAGGCAGACAACAUAGUUUGAUUUGAGCACGAGAAAAUUCGGUUGAAAUUAACACUAAUUUAAACAUUAUACAAAAUUUGUGCGCGAAGCGUUUCUCAACGGUUUUCACCCACAUUCAGCAUUCAAAUACAGGAAGUGUAUUGACUGUUAGACAAUCACAGUGGAUUCUAGGCACACAUAGUGCAGCAUGCAGAAAAUCGCUAGGGACAAUUGGGUGGCAAGGGCAGCGCAUGAAAAUAUUGAAAUCCAACAUCAGAAACAAUGUGAUGCAGGCUUCCUUGGAAAUUUUCUUUCGAAGGGUCUGAAAACAAACCAAUUGAUUGUUAACACUGAUGAAAAAACAUUAAAGCCAAUUGCACGAUUAAAGGAACCUCGGGAUUUAUUCGCCCUGCCUAAAGACAAGGACAAUGAUUGCUCACAGCAGGCCCCCAGAUGGCCGGUAGAAUGCCAGGUCAUUGGUGAGCGAAUCAUACACAUUCCUUUUGUACCAGUGCAUCCCGAACCACUUAAUGUGCCAACGGGCAAUGAGUUAAAGCCUCGUCCUGUUGGAGAGGAAAACGGAAUUGUUGUAUUUUCCUAUUGUCCUAUAAGUGCUGUAAACUACGGGAGCAAAAAUAUCAAAAUCAAGACAGAGGAUAAGUCAAGUGAAGAUUCGGAUGACUCUUCGGAUUCUAGGAAUGAGUUCAUACCUGUUAGUCGGGGAACGACGCUACAAGCAGGGAAAACACAGCUGAACGCAGUGUCCAAUCUGUUAAAUAAAUUAGAUGAUCAUUCCACAAGCAACUCUCAGGAUGACGAUGAUGACUACGAUGUAAGUGUGGAUGGUAAGGAGACUCGUGAGAAAACUGUUAUACAAAGUCUCACUGAUGCGAAGAAAAAAUUGUUUGGUACUACAACACAUAGUGCAGAUGUUAACAAGUUAACCACAAAAGGCACUACCAGAAUCGACAAUAUUUGGAAAACCAAUAAUACUGAGUACAAGCCCGCUUCGCCGCAUUACGUUCUUAGUCAGUUUGGCAAAAAAGUAUCUAAGGCGAUCAUUAAAAAGAUAAUUGAUUACGACGAAAAGCCCUCAACUGGUACUAACAGCUUAACCUCAGAAAAGGUACAAAAUAAAUAUGCAGUUACCCCAUUUAAGCUUCCCAAAACAAACAUUUCGCGUUUGGAAGUUGCUUUCCAAAGUGAUUCACAACAAUCAUUGAACAAAGCUUCACUUUCUCGCAAGAGCAAUAUGAUCAGUGGUAUGGACGAAGACAUAAACAGCAGUGACGAUUGCAGCACAGAUAUUAAUGACACUAUGAAAGACAAUGUAUUGAGUGGCUGCGGUGGGGCAAUUUCGGUUGGUCGUCUAGCUGGUGGCGCUGAUAAGCGUCCCCGAACUAGUUCGAGCUCUGUAUCGGACACAGAAACGCUAGUCGGAGAUGAGAGCAUGUGCAGGCUUACAUCAGCACCUGAUGAUAAAAUGCCUACUGAAUUGCCGUUGGUUUCAACACCACUUUGUUCAAGAGCCGUAAGCAUGGCUUCAGCAGUAGCAGCUGUGGCAAGGGGGCGUCGUCGUGGCUUUGAGUCAAUUUCGAGCAAUAUAGCGGUAGCUCAUUUGACUUCUAGCACAAAUAACAGCACUUUUGAACAUAACGAUAGACAUAAUCCUGAGUUUAAUAUUAAUGAUCGGGCAUCUCUUCAAUCUCAACAUCUUUCCUAUGAUAUUCCCCAAAUGCAGUUCAGUCGCUCGUCGGUGGGCGGCGCUAAAUAUGUGUCCAACUGCCAUCCCAUGAGUGCGGAGGAGUAUGAAAGUCUGGAGUUUGAAUCGCGCUUCGAAUCAGGAAAUUUGGCUAAGGCAGUGCAGAUCACCCCCACUUAUUACGAGCUCUACUUGCGUCCCGAUCUUUAUACAAGCCGAUCGAAACAGUGGUUCUAUUUUCGCGUUCGACACACCCGUCGUAACAUGCUCUACCGAUUCUCCAUAGUAAACUUAGUAAAGUCAGAUAGCCUAUAUAAUGAUGGAAUGCGACCAGUCAUGUACUCUACCUUGGGUGCCAAGGAAAAAAACGAGGGCUGGAGAAGAUGUGGCAAUAACAUAUCUUAUUAUCGUAACGAUGAUGAAAGCAAUAAUAACACCAACGAAGAGGAUGAGGAUAACUCGAGCUACACACUGACUUUUACUAUAGAGUUUGAGCACGAUAAUGAUACAGUAUUCUUUGCUCAUAGCUACCCUUACACAUACAGUGACUUGCAGGAUUACCUAAUGGAAAUACAACGUCAUCCUGUAAAAUCAAAAUUUUGCAAACUACGUUUACUCUGUCGUACGUUAGCAGGCAAUAAUGUGUAUUAUCUCACUGUUACCGCACCAUCUAAUAAUGAGGAUACAACGCGGCGAAAAAAAUCAAUUGUGGUGUCAGCACGCGUGCAUCCCAGCGAGACGCCUUCAUCAUGGAUGAUGAAGGGUCUGAUGGACUUCAUAACAGGAGAUUCUACAGUAGCAAAGCGUUUACGUCAUAAGUUUAUUUUUAAGCUCGUGCCGAUGCUAAAUCCAGAUGGCGUAAUUGUUGGUAAUACUCGCAACUCGCUAACUGGGAAGGAUUUAAAUCGUCAAUAUCGAACUGUUAUUAGAGAGACUUAUCCAUCUAUUUGGUACACAAAAGCGAUGAUAAGAAGACUGAUAGAGGAAUGUGGAGUGGCCAUGUACUGUGAUAUGCACGCUCAUUCGCGCAAGCAUAAUAUAUUUAUUUAUGGCUGCGAAAACAAGCGUAAUCCGGAAAAACGGCUUACUGAGCAAGUCUUUCCGUUAAUGCUGCACAAAAACAGCGCCGAUCGAUUCUCAUUCGAGAGCUGUAAGUUUAAAAUACAACGGAGCAAGGAAGGCACAGGACGUAUUGUUGUUUGGAUGCUGGGCAUUACGAAUAGCUAUACAAUCGAGGCAUCUUUUGGCGGCUCUUCGCUGGGAUCACGUAAAGGCACUCAUUUCAACAUACAGGACUAUGAGCACAUGGGACGUGCAUUUUGUGAAACUUUAUUGGACUAUUGUGAUGAAAAUCCGAACAAAGUAAAGCGACAUGCUAAAUUAUUUAAGCAAAUCAAAAAGAUAAGAAAACGCGAGAAACGCGAACAGAAAGCAUUGAAAUUACAAAAAAUGGCUGAUCAGAUUUUAAAUUUACUCAAACAACAGGAAAGACUACGCUCUAAAAUAAUCGAAAGACUGAUGCGCGAAGGCUCAAGUGCCGAUGAACCAUUAAAUAUACCGCUUUCCGAUUACUCCAGCGACGAGGGUAACUGCAGCUCUAGUUCUGACAAUGAAGGCAAACAUUCGAUUACAGCCUCAGAUCUUGAAGGCCCUUGCUGUGCGCCUAUUCGAGCGCCGCCCAGUUCGCCUGAGAUUAUGCAUGAGAUUCGCAAGUUUCGAGUACGUCGAAUGCACAAGGUGAUGCAUGUUUUGGAUCAAAUAUACUUUUCACCGGUUCUUCAGCGAAAGUUUAAGGCUCUUGCGCGUCUUAAGCGCCGCCGCCAUAAAUUGGGAUGCAAGGUAGUCGGUUCUAAGCGUGCCACUGGUGGUGGCGUUGGACCAAGUUCACCAAGUAGCAAUAUCAGUGAGAGGAUGAUAAGCAGCGAAAGUCCUCAGAUAACAAUCAAAUCCACACGGCAGCCACCAGAAUCCGAAAGCUCGGAGAGCAAUGGAUCUCAGUCGUCAGAUUUGUUGACUGAUACUAGCAAUGAGGUAAAUCAGACUGGUGGUAAACAGUCGAAUCGUAAGCGAAACAAGAAAAAGAAACAUAUGCCUACUGAAAAAUGUAAGACUAAAGCAUUGAACCGAAAAAUGCGUAUCGACCGCAACUUGAGACUUUGGCUGGCUAACCGACGCAUUUUUAUUUUUCGCCGAAAGAAGAAUCGUCGGCAACGUAUCCGAAAUAAGUCGGUUAAGAAGCGUGGUGAAGUGGUCCGAACGCCACUUGAUUUGCCUACCACUGAUCCUGGUUCUGAUUUGCAUUUUUCAACAGACGAUGAAGAGCUUUUUCCAACAGGUAACGUCACAUUUGGGUCAGUGGUACCUCUUCGUCACACUCUUCUUCAGAGUGAGUUGCAACGUCGAUAUAUCGAGGAAAUUGGUGACUUGGUAGUGCAAAAACCGAAACCAACUCAUAUGCCGCCAGAAUUAAUCGUAACAACACCUUCCAAAAACACCGGUUCAGGUGGGCUUAAAAAAUUGGAAGUAUACAAAUUAACGCCUAGCACAGCACCUGAACAACAAGGUGGUCAGAUGAAUAGCCAGACAAACGGUCCAGGGACUCGACGCACUUAUUCCUGGCAUAAUCUCAAUCAAGAUAAUGGUCGUGCCAAGCCGACUUUCUUCAUGAACGAAUCGAAGCCGGCCGUCAAACUUCUGAAGAUGCCACCGAGGCGCAGUGUACCGAACAAUUUCAUUCCACUUGGUCAACACAGACAUGGCCAUACAAGCCAUGCUGAAGAUCUUCAUGUGAAACUCUCCAUAAAAAAAAAAAUUUGGACGGGGGCUCACGGAGAUUCCGACGUUCGACCACUAGGUUGGCACAAAGGCCAGUCACAAGCACAUGCUCACAUGGCAACCUUGAUGGCAACGGCAGCUGCGACUGCAGCUCUCAGAAGCGCAGGAGGUCCACAAGCUCGCAACAUGCUUGCUGCUGCUAGCAAUAAGGAACAAUUUAUAUCGGCAUCAGGACCGACAGCGAGUUCACCAACUUUACCACCUGCGUAUGUAGGUGCUCCACGUAGAUCCCGCAAAUUGGAACAGGUGGAUUUAUUUAACGCCUGUUCACAAAAGCUGUUGUUGUGGCAGCAAGAGCAUAAAAAAGCAGAACCGUCAAAUACGCGCCUGAUGGGCGGAACUAGUGCCAAGCUAGAGAAUUCGCAGAUCCUUAUGCGCAGUUGCAAGCCAAAAAAAACCAUCAGAACAUCCGGCGGUAAUACUGUUGUCCAUGUCAAUGCAGCUGGAGUAACUGGUAAGAGCAAACGCAAGUCCAGUAUGAUCAAGCUUGCUGAGACGACAAGAUUUUCGCGAACGCAUACCAGUACUGGAGGAUCUGCCAACAGCGAUUCACAGCAACAUUAUCAUAUGACUCAGAAGCAAAGGCUAAUUUUGAAAACUCAACCAGACAGUGGUUAUGAACGCACACAGAACGACUCUAUCAGUGGUAUGCAACACACUGGUGGACGCACUACUAGCAAGUUUAAGACUAGUGGUUUAGUCGUAACAGCCGUCCAACAGUCGGGGGGUACUCAUGCAGGAGGUGUUAGUGUUUCAAGACGCAUACGUCAUGCUGGUGGACAGGUCGCAAAGAAUGGCAGCAACAGUGUCGCCCCUGAUGCUCACAACAUACAUCAAUACCGCGCCGUUAACACAUUGCAAGAGGAUAAAUCAGUAGCAGGGAUUUCCCUAGACACAGUCAACCUUGUACGCAAGGUUAAAACAAAGUUGAGAAAGCGCAAGUCCCGCACGUUCGAAAAUGCUGCCGCUACAUUGGCUAAAUAAAAGCUAACUCGGGCUAAGUCGAAACACUAAUAUUCCCGGACAUUCCUCGACUAAUUAAUCAACACCUUUUUCUUAACAAACUCUUUCAUGUAUUUGUAUGUGAAUUUAUUUUUAAACCAAAUUUUAGUCAACGAAUGAAUUAGUUAUAGAGAUAAUGCGCCACAAUAGCAUUAGCAAUUAGGACCGAUUUCCAAAAUGUGAGCACAUUGAUGUAGCAAAAUUUAUGGGGUAUUAUAUUAUUAUAGUACUCCAAAGUGUAGGAUUUGCGUAUUAUGUCCUAUAUAUAGCACCAACAAUCAGGAAUUUGAGUUUUGGGCAUUUCUAUAAAAAUUUGCAAUAAAAAUUAAUGUUUUGAA